GAGCGCUACCGUCAGGCCUACGUGGAUUACAAGACCGUCCUGCAGAUAGACAACAGUGUGCAGGCAGCACACGACAGCGUCAACAGGAUCACCCGGCUGCUAAUUGAGCAGGACGGUCCAGAGUGGAGAGAGAAACUUCCGGACAUUCCCCGGGUGCCUCUGUCAGCUCAGCAGCACCGCAGAGAGGAGCCACCCAGCGCAGAGGUCCUCCAGGCUCGAGCAGAGAAGGCAGCCAGGGAUGCAGAAAGGAAAGCAGAAGCGCAGUUUACAGCCUUGAAGCAAGAAGGGAAUGACUUUGUGAAGAAGGGCCAAUACCAGGAUGCACUGGGAAAGUACACUGAAUGCCUUAAGCUAAAGCCAGAAGAGUGUGCAAUCUACACCAACAGAGCCCUGUGUUACUUGAAGCAGGAGAGGUUUACUGAGGCCAAGCAGGACUGUGAUGCAGCACUGAAACUGGAGCCAAGUAAUAAGAAGGCCUUCUACAGACGAGCCCUUGCCAAUAAAGGCCUCAAGGACUACCUGGCGUGCAGCUCUGACCUGCAGGAGGUACUGCAGCAGGAUCCCAACGUGCAGGAGGCUGAGAAGGAGCUGGAGGAGGUCACAGUGCUGCUCAGGCAGAGUCUGGCCAACGCUUCACCAGCCAAACCCAGGAGGACUGUCCCCAUCACAGAGGUUGACAGUGACGAGGAAACAACAGCCGUAACUAACACAGAGAGCAGCUGCCGAGGAAAGGACAUUGGCGUCAACCUCAAGCCGACCGACGCCUACGAAUUCGGCCAGGCUCUGAAUGCAGCUCGCUGCAGCAGAAACACAGCGGCCUGCGCUGACUUGCUGGCCUCCACAUCCCCGGAAAUGCUUCCUCAGUUCCUGAGCACCCAGCUGGAUGGACACACCAUCAGCUUCAUCAUGCAGGCGCUGGACUCCCACCUCCUGGAGAGAGACCCUAACCUGGUCUACCAACACCUCAACCAUCUGCACACCACCAACAGGUUCUCGGUUGUCCUGAUGCUGCUGGAGAAGGACGAGCAUCGUCAUAUGACUCAGCUGUUUGAGCAUCUGUCUGCUGUGGAGUGCACCGAGUUUACUAAGAAUGAUGUUCAGAAUCUGGCCAACAAAUACAUCUGACCCACCCGCCCCUGCUCCCUGCUGCAUGAGCUGCUGCACCACUACAACUCUUGGAUCUAUGCAAAACACUGUACAAAGGCAGGAAGCUGCAGAAUGUGCCGCAGUGCAAUACAAAUGGAGCUGAGUCACAUUCUCUCUACUGGCCUGAGCAGUAAAUGUGAUCACUGUAUGUUUGAGUGACAGUAUAAGGAAUAUAUUUUUCUCUCCAGAACAUUUUGCUAUGCAGAGUUACUUUUGUACCACCACUAACCACUUGCAUUGUACAACAGGGAGACAGUGGGAUAUUAUGGACCUUUCCUUUGAGUGUAAGAGGGUCCAAUGUACAAUGUUAUGUAAGGCUACAGGCAUGUGUUUCCCCUGAAGGCAGUUGAGUUGAGUUCUUCCAGUCUUUGAACCCUGUCAGUCUUUCGAUGUCAGUCAUUUAAUAAAUGAGCUUCUGUCAGACACCAGCUAAAAGCAGAAAUUCAGUGCAUGUUGUAUAUUACCUAAGUGUGGUAAUUUCCUACUGAGCUAAUUAACAUGUUCCUUGCUGCGGGACAAACCAUAAUAUAAAAGGUUUUAAUAUGACCACAUGAGCUGUAUUAUCUCUGUGGAAGAAAUAGGCAUCUGCAUCAUAUCUUAUUGAUGUUGUCCUUACAGUAUCUGUUGAAUUGAUAUCUUCUGACAAUGUUGCAGGAGAAAAUACAGUUUGUAACCGUACUUGACCCAGACGCUGUCUUUUUUUUUUUUUUUUUAUUAUUCAGAUACGCAAUUGGCAGAUCUGGGUUCUAAUGUAAAAUCACUCUCAAAGGCUGGCGCUUGUCUUUUCCUUAAGGAAUGACAUACAGUCAUGUAUUUUGUUUACCAAAUUAGCCUGCCAGGCAACGCACAUUUAUCUUCACACCAGUUCAGUCAUGCAGGUGCGUACACACUGGAAAGAAGCAGCAUCUUUAUGGGAUGUGUGCCUUGGAUUUCAGACUUGGAGUCAACUUACAUUUUGGUGAGUGUCCAGGUACUCCUCAAGAGUGUGUAUUUAUGUCAUUCAGUAGCUUUUAUCAAAAUGUUAGACGUCUUGGAUUUAUUAAUCAUAAAUCAUACAUAUAUUCACUUAGCUACAUGCACGUAAUUGUUUAAAAUAUAAUUUCUUUGCUAAUUUAAAAAAAAACACAUUCUAUCCAUGUCAAGUAUUUAACUAUUGAAUAUUCCAGUCAUCUAAAAUUGAAGACUGCCUGAAUCCAAACCGUUCUUUGUUUUCAAAUGUUUCUACAUGAAUGUACCAAAUUUAGUGGGGUGGGGGAGCGAGAGGCAAUAAUUUCACAUGUUCAGUUUCUUUUCACUGUGGUUUUAACAUUAUAUUUCAGUAGAAAUGUGUACACUAUUCACAGAGGGCUUUUCAAUAAACUGGGGGGGAAAAAACGUAUGUUCUUCUUUGUGCUGAGAUGAAAUGGAAUAAUUAAAUAAAAAUAAAAACUGGAAUACCCAA